UAUAAAAUGAAGACAAAACUCUCGUAUAUAUUCCCCCAAAUAUUGGAGUCGGAACUUUAUUCAUAAUCCCUUUGAAUUUCUGUUGGGGCAUGCGAUUUGCGAACAAGCUGCGUUAUAGGAUUUUGAUUUCUUGUAAAACAUUAUCGUAUACGUGGAAUAAUGGGCUCGGAGCCGCAGCGUUUCUUGUGUUCCGCUGUCAUUUUCACAAUUGGCAUAGACGAAUAUUAUCCUCGGGUCGACUCUAGCACUAUGCGUUGGCAUCAAUCUCUGGUUGAUUUUUCUUCUGGUAAACGACAUAAUAAGCUCCGUCAGCAAUUUUUAUCGUCUCUUGUUCACUCACUCGAUGUCGAAGAUGUAGCAUGUGCACUAAUUAUGCUUCAAGGUUCAUUGCUCACCAGUAACCCCUGGGAAAAGAAAGAAAUUAUGUAUCUACUUGCCAUGGUGCAUUAUAGAAGUGGGCACUAUUUGAAGAGCAUGGACCUUGUUAAUCACUGCUUGGAGAUUGCACCUCGUUGUUCUAAGUCAGCUUAUCUCAAGUCCAUACUGGAAACCUGUAUUAUGGAAGAUAGAGUAAAGACCAUUUUAAGCGUUUCUUCCAUGAUAGUUGGUGUUGGCAUUGGGGUAUUUGGACUGACCUCUCUGUUUUCGUAUACAUGGGUCACUGAGGCAAUUACAACAAUCAAAGACCGUCUAAAGAAAUUUGUGGAUGCUACAUUGACAGACACUAGAAACCCCUUGCAAUUAAAAGAAGAGAUUUAUUUACUUGCUCAACGGUAUUGUAAAAGGGGUAAUUACUCGAGGGCCAGGUUCAUCAUUGAUUGCUGCUUGGAGAUUGACCCUGAGUGGGGGCCGGCAUUAAUUCUCAAGAAAUCAAUUGAAUCCAAAUGGUGUCCAGAUCUGUAUUAUAUAUAAUCAAGUGUAGGAUCGAUAUGAGCUCAGCAUGUGAAAAGAUGAAACUAAGUGAAAUGGUAGUCACUGAGUUGAAAUUAUUAUAAUUUUUAUCAAUUCAACUACAGUAGAAAUAUUCUUUUAGAAAUGACGACAUUCUCCGGCUUCAUGUAAUUAGAUUCUAGUUAGAUUCAAGUGUAUAAUGAAGUAAUAUAUUUUUCUUGGUUUACCGUU